AUGGUAAAUGCAGGAAUAGAAGAUGAUCACGAGACCCAGCCAACAGAGGCAGAGAAGGGUGCUUUCGAUUCCCUGACAGCGGACUCCCAUUCAAAGAAAAAAAACAAACUGAAAAAGCCACCGUCACUGCCGCAGAUACAGACACAGCCCUUAUCUGUAUCCAAUGAUGUCAACUCGACCACCCCGGGAAAGGACGGUUGUGGCAGCAGCAAGAGCGAGGUCGCGCCACAGGCAUGCGUCCAGCAGACUUCACAACAUCACGACGCUCCUGCAGAGUUAGGUGGAGGUGCUCCCACCGCAGAGGAGCUGGUAAAGCAGCUUAACACCACCAGGGGAGGCGUGAGUGAUGCGCCUCUCGACCGCAAGUCAUCUAUUCCUCCUUUGAACGCAGGUAAACCCCCUGUCGAUGAUUUGUGUGCAGGGGAUGGGAACGAUGUACACGUGCCCACGCCCGAGGAGUUAACACUACCGGCUAUGGAUUCGAGCUGUGAUGCCGAGAAGCUGUUCUUUUGGGCUGGGGGACGACGUCGCCAGCGACAACAGCUGUCUUCUUCCAGGCAGCGGCAACGACAAGCGGAACAGGCUGGACCGGAACGCGUCUAUGCAUCUCAGGAAGAAACGCAAUCACACAAAAGCCUGCCGCCCCGACCUGCAAACGCACCAGCACAAAACCCCAUUGACCCACACAACGAACCCACAUCAACCCAGCGUGUCGUGGAGACAGGCCAGUCAUACCGUACAGGAGCAAGUAGCGCCAUGGUGGGGCCGAUGUUACCACCACCUGUACCUGCCGUCAUUUAUCUCGCAUCGCCGCAGCGCCCUGGAUCUGCUAUUGGGCCCGUUCCUCUGCAGCCAACUCUGCUGCCGAUGCCGCAGGUGCCACCCUCACUAUCGCCACCACCGCCGCCACCGCCGCCACCACCACGGCCACUGCCAUCGGAUGGUGCCCGCGUCUUAUAUAGACAACGUAUCGAUGCUCACAUGACACGCAGAUUGGAUGCCACAACGGCCUCGGUAACACGAGGCAUGUCAAGUAGAAUGUUGUCGACAGCCAUUGAGUUAGAAAGUGCCAACAACAUCCACGCACCGCCCAACGGCCAUUAUCAGAAUGGCCACAACGAGGAUCAACACAGAACGUUCUGCUCGUUGAUGAUGGAGAGCAACGGGCCACGAAGCGUUCGACCGUUGCAGCAGUAUCGACACCUUCCAGGGUAUAAAAGGGCUUGGAGGGCUGCGCAUGAAGUGGCACUGCAGUGCGUCCUGGAUCGCUACCAGCAAGAGGAAUGA